GCCGCUCUUGCCGCAGGGGCCGUUCUCGGAAACAACUAUUGGUGGACAGGAGUAGCAAAGUACAACGAGUACCAGCAGAUGGCAAAUUAUGUCAACGUCGACCCUUCCGUUGACAAGGGCACCUCCUUCAUGGAUGCUGGCUCCGUGUACUUCAAGGAGGGCUCGAGCGUAGACUUGACCAAAGCGAUCGCGUUUCGGAAUGGUUUGACAUAUUGUGUGGCUCCGAUAUAUUCCGAGCCUUUGGAAGGAACGGGCAACGAGCGAAAGACCGCAGCAGGUUUCGUGAUUCCGAAGAGCGGAACUCUCGACUUCUGGGCUGUUGGCACAGAUUGCUGUGGAACGACGGGGACUCCGUUUCAGUGCCAUGAUGCCACAUCCCCCUUCGCCCGCUCUGGCCUGCGAAUCGUAGAGGACAAUCACAAGGCCAUGUACCAGCUGGCGGUGCAGGAGUGGACCGCAACGACUGGGAUCCCUGCACGCAACCCGUUGUUCUUCCAGUGGGUCGUGGAUCCAAUCGCAGUGGAGGAGCACUACAGAAGCCUCUCCAGCAACAGCAUGUUCAAGCUGACAUGUGGCUACGGUAUCGCAGCAUUCUUUAUUGCCUACGUACUCCACAUGGUCUUCCGCCACUUCAAGGUCCUUUAA